AUGGAGAAACAGCCUGGUGUAAUGCUCAGCGAUGUUUGGGACUCAUUGAAAGGAAAGCAGAGAGCCCAGCUUGUGUUGCAAGUUGUGGACUUUGAAAAGACACUUGCCGCGACAAAGUUCAACGGUUUUGGAAGCUUGUACUACAAGGAUGAUCUUCAUUCGAGCGUUGACACAUUACCCUUGUAUGUUGACAACAGUGGCAAGGAGGUACAGAACACUAAGUUCGCGAUUGGACCGACAAAUCAUCGUUCGUUCUUCGACUUUGGAAGAGGGUCAUUGGACAUUGAUCGUGGGCCGUGGACCUCAGUUGUAGAGUUCGCGACGGCAGUUGCAAAAAGGGAGAUCGCGACUGUAAAAAGCGAACUAAAGUAUCCAUUGAUGCCAGAAGGCCUAUUCUACGGACCGCGACAAUACCAACCCAUCGCCGCAAAAAAACUUUCAACACUUCAUAAUUACCUCAAGGUAGCCCCUUACACCCUUCCAGAGAAUUCUGCUACCCACGCAUCAGUUCUCUGGCACGGGGAUUUGAACUUGCAAAAUAUAUUCGUCGAUCCUAAGGAGUCAACUCGGAUUCUGGGGAUCAUUGACUGGCAAUCUGUAAGCCUUUUUCCUCUCUUCACCCAGGCCACCCGUCCAGCGUUCUUGGAAUACAACGGUCCUCUUCCCGAAACAUUAGACAAGGUCCGUCUACCCGAGAAUUUUGAGUCCUUGAACCCAGUGGAACAGCAGAAAGCAAAAGUACUGCACCAAGCACAGGCACUACAUAAUCUCUACCUCGCGCGGUCACGACAAAUCAACCCUGUUGUCUUCGAAGCUAUUCAGGGCCAAAAGACACUUCGGCAUCAAGUCAGUGUUAUCCCGGGGUUGACGAUAAUGGAUUAUGAGCCAUGCCUCAACAGUCUUCUCAGAGACAUACAAAAGGAGUGGCCGAGUAUUGUCGGGUAA